AUUUCUUCACAUUCAUCUUUUCCCGCUUCUACUCUCUUCCCUUUCUCUCUAGCCCUAAUCUCAUACUCUCUUUUCUUUAUCCCCUUCCAGAUCUUCAACCAAUCAAUUCAAGGUUCAAUCGGUUAUCUACUCAUCGUUUGAUAGUUAAUUCUUUCGUAUAACUGUAGUUAAAAUCUUCAGCGCGAAGGGAAAGAUAAUUUUAGUUGUUGCAGAUCUGAGGAGUUGGGGUUCAACUUGAGGAAGGUGCUUCAGUCAACAACGCGCAUAGAUAUGAGAUCUUGGAACUACGGUUUGUUGUGUAAUUGAUUUGACUCUUUGCAAGUUAUGGCUGAUUAUUUUCGUUUUAACUCGGCUGAGUAUAGUCUACAUAGCACUGUUGAACUGCAAAAAUCUUGGUAUCUGUUCACGAUAUUGUUGGAUAUCGGUCGUCCUGCUUCUGUGGAAGAACUUGCUGUGAGAUGCGAAUUGUUCAGUGUUACACCAUAUAUUGUUCGGUAUCUAUGCGAAAAUCCUGGCUCUCCUAUUUGUUUAGGGGAUGAUGGUCUUGUUUACAUUUCCAUUGUUGCGAUCUCUGCUGUGGGGCGGUAUUUUACGAAGACUACUAGUGGAUGGGAUUUUCUUAGACGGGGUUUUGGAGUUACAGAGCCGGAUAGGUUUUGUGGUAGAGAUAUUAAAACGUACUGUCGGAAACGGAGAAGAUCGGUCUUAGAUUCUGGAGGACGUUUUGAUGGAAAAAGGAUGUUAACUUCAACUUCUGGAAUUGGGAAUGAAAGUUGUCUGUCAAUAACAAGAAGGAUUUCUCAUAAUUAUGCUGAGGUACCUGCUGACUAUGUGACUCUCACCAGUUUAAACUCGUUUACAGUUGAUUUGCUUUUUGAAAAACUCAGUAUGGGACAUUUGGAUGUAAAAUUUGAUGAAAUGCCCUGCUCCCUUGAUUAUCCUGAUUCUCCAUAUUUUUUAAUGAGUCACGCUGGACAAAUGGGAGCUGAUAUUUCUGUUCAAGCUAGUAAAACUAUGAUUAAAGAUGAUGCUGGGCCUUUAAGUGAGAAUGGACAUGAUUGCCACAUGCAUGAAGUCCAAAAAGACUCGAGCAUGCCUAAUUUAAGGCACACAGACAGAGAAAUGUCAUGUAACUUCGAUUUUUCUCUGGGUGCAUCGUGUAGCUCCACAAACACACUUGUUUAUGACAAAAACUGCAAAUUGGCUUAUAAGUUAGGAAACAUAUCUGCAUUGUGUCAUGGAGAUGAUAUGCAACCUUAUGUUCAACCUCUCGAGGUUGACAAUGGGAUUUGCACUAGGCAUCUUCCUAAUAUUUUGGAAUGGAAGCUUGAAGAUGAGAAAAACAAGAUCUGUGAAACGCAAAAUUGCUCUGAGUACACUAGAACAACAGAAAACCGUGCUCACUUGGAAGGGCAUAUAGUAAUUGGUGAAGCAGAAAGAAACUUUCUAGACUUGAGAAAUCCAGUAACUACAUACAUGGAUGGAGAGGAUAUAUCCAGGAAGGGCGAAACUCAGAUUCCCUGUUCCAUACCUGACCAACCGUGUAACGAGGAGCCAUCUGUCAAGACCUUGGGGGAAGUAGAUGGAUCACAAAAAUGUACUCCAUCUCCUGAGGAAGUUCUCAUGGAGUCUGCAGUUUAUAAGGAGGUUUCUCAUCCUGUCAAGCAGCAAAACUGUUAUAACAAUGUUAAUAAAUUGAUGUCCAAGGUGAAGAAGGUCAAGAAGAAUUCAAAUGGGAAUGUGCACAUUAAGGAAAAUCCUUUGGAUCCUACCAGUCCAUCUAUGAAGUUGGAGAAAACAUCAUUUCCUCAGUUCGAGUCUUUCAUCAUCGAGGAAGAAGAAGGUUCUGGUGGCUAUGGAACUGUUUACAGGGCUCGAAGAAAAAAUGAUGGGAAACGGAUAGCUAUCAAAUGUCCCCAUGUUAAUGCUCACAAGCACAAUGUAAACAAUGAGCUAAAAAUGCUCGAGCGAUUUGGGGGAAGGAACUUCAUAAUCAAGUAUGAAGGAUCCAUUAGUAGUGGCAACAGCGAGUGCUUAAUUCUGGAACACGUCGAACAUGACAGACCUGAGGUUCUGAAGAAAGAAAUUGAUAUAGUUCGGCUACAGUGGUAUGGUUUCUGCUUGUUUAGGGCUUUGGCAUGUCUGCAUAAGCAGGGGGUCAUGCACAGAGACGUUAAGCCUGGUAACUUUCUGUUCUCUAGAAAACAGAACAAAGGUUACCUCAUUGAUUUUAACCUUGCCAUGGAUUUACAGCAGAAAUACUCCAUAGCAAGUAAAUCAAAUUCAAGUCAUCAUGCAUUUUUGGAUCACGUUCCUGUCCCUCAUUCUGUGUCUGGUUCAGCAGUUAAAGAAAAGAAGAAUUUAAGAGGUUUUGUAUCCGUCAGCAGGGGAGAAACAGGAAAAUCUAAGCAGCCUGGCGAACUCAAAAAGAACUUGAAAAAGAGAGUUUAUGUACCCUUGAAAAAAUAUCCAGAUAUGCAUGGUGGGAGUGCAGUACGAAGCCAGGGUGCAGAUGGAUCUGGUAUAACCUCUGCAAAGGAUGUAACAAGUGCUAGGACGUUUUCCACAGAGAAUAUGAGGGAGCCUCUUCCAUGUCAAGGAAGAAAGGAACUGCUAAGUUUGGUGCAAAAUGCAUUACGAAAUGCAGACCAUGCCCCCCAAAAUAGUUCCGAUCUACGAAGGAAAAGGAUAGCUGCUCCUCCGGACAAGGAAGACAAUAACAUUAUACAUCCGAGCCCAAUGCUGGUCCAUUGCACUGGCAUUUCUUUAGCUGGUUCCAGGGUGCUAAGAACUAAAGGAGAUGCAAGACGUAAAAGAGAGGGUUCUUGUGCUGGGACAAAGGGGUUUCGAGCUCCAGAGGUUCUAUUCAGGUCCCUACAUCAAGGUCCUCAGGUUGAUGUCUGGUCUGCUGGUGUUACUCUUCUCUAUCUAAUGGUUGGAAAAAGUCCUUUUACAGGAGACCCUGAACAGAACAUAAAAGACAUUGCUAAAUUGAGGGGCAGUGAAGAUUUAUGGGAGGUGGCCAAAUUACAUGAUCGUGAAUCUGCAUUUCCAGGGGAGCUGUUUAACAUAAAAUCCUUCCCACCUAUGGAUUUACAAAGUUGGGUUAAGGCUCACACAAAGCGGCCAGAUUUCGUCAAGCUCAUCCCGAGAUCACUGUUCGAUCUGGUGGAUAAGUGCCUAACAGUUAAUCCAAGGCAAAGGAUUACUGCAGAGGAAGCUCUAAAGCAUGAAUUCUUCAACCCAUGCUACGAGAGGCUUCGGAAGCAGAGGAUGCUCCGACGAGGUUCUAGCUCGAACACUACUGAUGUCCUGAGUGAAUGCGAAGCCGUUCUAGGACAGUCAAUUAAGCUUUCAAGAUGAGUACACAAUUUUCAUGGAUUUGAUAUUCAAUGCCCCUCUGAAAUUGUACAUGUCUUUAGAUGAUAUUGAAUGUAUGUUCAUGUCAUUAUGUUAACUUGUAACAAAAGAUAUAAUGAAGGAAGCAAUAUGUAUAUAUAUUUUUGAACGAGUUAAUCCUAUAGCCACAGCAGCAGUAGAAAUAACCCUGUUUCUCAAGUAAUUUAUUUCUAUGUAGUGUCCAAUUCUAUGGGUUGAGCAUAGAGUAUGGAUCACACCUUUUUUUGGGGG